GUGAGCCUGGGGCAUUGCAGGAGGAGUAUAAAAAUGGGCCCUUCUCCUCACUCUCUCAUUCACUCCUCUCACCUCCAUCUCCUUGAGAACCAGGUGCACCUGCAGCCCCAAGCCAUGUCCUGCUACAGCCCGUGCCAGCCCUGCGGCCCCACCCCGCUGGCCAACAGCUGCAAUGAGCCCUGUGUCAGGCAGUGCCAGGACUCCACCGUGGCCAUCCAGCCCUCGCCUGUCGUGGUGACCCUGCCCGGCCCCAUCCUCAGCUCCUUCCCACAGAACACUGCCGUGGGAUCCUCCACCUCUGCUGCUGUUGGCAACAUCCUCAGCACUCAGGGAGUGCCCAUCAGCUCUGGGGGCUUUGGCCUCUCGGGCUUGGGCAGUGGCCUCUGUGGCAUCAGGGGCCUCCCCUGCUAAAGCUGCUGGCCGUGGCCCUGGGGAAGGAACCCAGGCACUGCCAGCAUGGAACCGGCCUGGGGACGCAGCAGCGGCUUGUUGCUUCCUGAGGGGCUGAGCAAGCCCAGCAGCCCUUGCAGAAGGACAGGGCCAGCCUGGGCUCUUGGCAAGCACAGCCCAGCCCUGCCUCUGCCCUCUGCCACUCUUCAUUUCCCUCCUGUGUCCUUGUUCCCUUGUGCUCCCCUGGGCUGUGAGCCCCACACAGCCGUCCUGGGGAGGACCUGCUGGCCCUCUCUGGAUCUGGCAGAUAAUCCCUGCUGGGAUCUCUGCCACAGCCAUGGGAUGAAAACUCCCAUGUGUCCCUGGUGCUUCCUGCGCUGGCUUCCUCUUUUGGAUUGACCUGUUUAUCUCUUCUGACACAUUAAAUUUCUGUUGCAUCCCAGCCCAUGCCUCUGUGUUAUCCUUUUCCCCACAGGCAUGAUCCAAAGAUGCCCAGCGGUUGAAUAGGUUUCUGGAGAGAUGAAUACUUGAUUUGAUUUCUGGGAACCCUGUAUUGGGAUGCACACCCCAGAUGAUGGAGGCCAGAUCCAUAUAGUGUUAAUCGUUGCGUUGUUCUCAAGUUCAUCUCCGGAGAGGAUUUAUGUCUUCUCGGAGCCACCCUUCUUUCUACUGCAAAUUUUAGUCCUUGCUUGAGUUUAGGGCAAGGGCGUUUACAAUUCCUGAACGUUUUUCCUUUUUUUAUUUCAAGCCUGACUGACUUUUACCGUAUACCUUAUAAAACGUGAAUUAUUUUACACCAUAGAUUACAAACACGAAUUAUUUCACCUAACAUAUCACACAAACACGAAUUAUUUCACAUCAUAUAUCACACCAGGCAAUGAUAUCCCUGUGACUCGGGCACCUGCCCCCCACAUGUGCUCCUCUUGGUCCAAGUUUUGUCUGGGGUGUUCUAACACCUCGCUGAGUUCUUUCUCCAGGUCAGUGCAGGGACACAUUCUGAGCUUACAGAUCUCCUGCUCUGGCUUCUGGUGCACCAGGAGACUAAAACAGCCCCAGACACAAGAUAAACACGACUGAGCACCCAAACAAUAACCAUUUAUUAUUGUUGCAAAAUGUGGAGCACGGAAAUUUUUCUUAAGAAAUUAUGUUCUUUGAUGUGUGAACUUUGAAUACUUUCAGGACUAAUCGACAAGACAAGCUCUCUUCCAACCUCGACAAUUCUGAUUCACUGGUCAGGGUCAGUUCAUAACCAGCGCCUAAAGGCUGCAGCAGUCCCAGUCAAAACCAGAAUGAGUCUAAGCUCAUUCUGUCUUAAAAGGGUUUAUUUCGGCUGAACAUUGCCUAACACCUCAGGGCAGUUUCAGGGUCCCAGGCCGGGACCACCGGCGGACCGACCCCACAGCCCAGCCCUGCCCGGGCCCACAGCCAAGCCCACAGCCCAGCCCAUCCCG